AUGGACGUCAACAUCACCAAGGCCCUUAACGAUAAACUCUACGAUAAGCGAAAGAGCGGAGCACUUGAGCUUGAAGGUCUCAUUCGAGACUCAUUAGCUGCGGGUGAUCAUGACAGGAUUCAGAAGAUUGUUCACCAGUUAUGUCACGAAUAUGCCUACGCCGUCCAUCAACCACACGCCAGAAAUGGAGGUCUGAUUGGACUCGCCGCCGCGUCAAUAGCUUUGGGACCUGAAGUCGCUCGUUACCUGGAAGAGAUUGUACCCCCCGUGCUCGCCUGCUUCUCCGACCAAGACGCCCGCGUCCGAUACUAUGCCUGCGAAAGCAUGUACAACAUUGCCAAGGUUGCAAAGGGGGAAAUACUCGUCUACUUCAACCAGGUAUUCGAUGCUUUGUGUAAGCUUGCUGCAGAUUCCGAAUUAUCGGUCAAAAACGGUGCAGAGCUUCUCGACCGGCUUGUCAAAGACAUAGUGUCUGAAUCAGCAGCAUCAUACAUUUCCAUACUGCAUUCACCCCCUGAAACUAAGGAUGGAGAGGGCUUCGAUGUAGAGGAACCACCGCCAGAAGAUCUUGUUACGGCUUUCUCAUUGGAAAGGUUCUUGCCGCUUCUGGAGGAGAGGGUAAAUGUUAUUAAUCCAUUCACUCGGACAUUCCUUGUCGCCUGGAUAACCUUGCUGGACUCGAUUCCGGACCUGGAGUUAGUGACCUACCUUCCUCGCUUUCUUGGAGGUCUUUUCAAAUUCCUGAGCGAUCCCAAUCAAGACGUCCACACAGCCACACAAGUAUGUCUUGACAGAUUCCUGAACGAGAUCAAGAAAAUUGCAAGAGUCAAGCGAGGGUUGGCUGAGAGUAAGAAGAGCCAAGGUGAAGAGGGGCUCAACAGAUCCACGUCUAGCAUUCGGAGUGCGGCAGCCGAAAGUGAUUCUGGCAGCUUAGCAGUCGACAACCAAGAUACAGAGGAUGAACACGAUGGUGCCAGUGUUGUUAGUGGCUCCACGGCAGCAAACGAGGAUAAAUCAACCAGCGAUGGAGACUGGAUGCCUGGACAAGACGUCCAAGUGGACUAUAGCAAGAUCAUGCAUAUCCUUGUGUCCUUCUUGAGUGAACCACACGCGGAAGAGGAGAUCCAACUCACCGCAUUACGGUGGAUUGAUAGCUUUUUCGAGAUAUGUCCCGAGGACAUCAUGCCAUUUGUUCCGAGUCUGUUGUCACAUGUUCUCCCAACGAUGUCGCACGACGUGGAAACAGUUCGUGCAGCUGCCAACAGGGUGAACACGUCCUUGAUGGAUUACAUCAUGUCGCUAUCUGAAGACAGUCGGAACGACAUUGCAACGAGUGGGCCAACGCAACUACCCACCUCUUUGUCCGUUCUUGGAAAAGAGCUAUCAGGUGUUGAGCGACGUGAUUCAAAUCUAUCUAGUCGUCUACUUAAGACGGUCAUUCGAGAUCAAGCUCUAGCCACAGAAACGAGGUCUAUUGAUGAUAGAGGGACUAGGACUCCCACUCCAGCCGAAGAUCGUGGGCCGUCUCCCCGGCCAGGACCAGAACUGGACUACCAAGCUGCAGUCAACGCCCUGACUCUUCAAUUCUUGAAUGAGCAUGAGGCCACGCGGGUGGCUGCUAUUGCAUGGCUGAUCAUGCUCCAUCGAAUGGCUCCGGGCAAGAUUCUUUCUGUCGAGGAUGGAACUUUCCCAGCACUCUUGAAGACCCUUUCUGAUCCUUCCGAAGCUGUAGUGACACGCGAUCUAUUACUUCUUUCUCAAAUCUCUAAGAACAGCGACGACUCUUAUUUCACAUCCUUCAUGGUUAAUCUCCUGAAGUUAUUCUCCACCGAUCGUCGUCUGCUUGAGACCAGAGGCAAUCUCAUCAUCAGGCAAUUAUGCGUGACUCUCAGUGCGGAGCGGAUAUACCGAACAAUGGCCGAUUGCCUUGAAAAAGAUGAGGACGUUGAAUUCUCCAGUAUCAUGGUGCAAAACCUUAACAACAACCUGAUCACUGCCCCUGAGUUGGCAGAUCUCCGGAAAAGGCUACGUAGUCUGGACUCAAGGGACGGUCAGUCUUUUUUCGUCACCCUGUUCAAGUCCUGGUGUCACAACGCAGUUGCUACUUUCUCACUUUGCCUCUUAGCGCAGGCAUACGAGCAAGCAUACCACUUAUUGCAGAUAUUUGCGGAUCUCGAGAUGACCGUAAAUACGCUUAUCCAGAUUGAUAAGCUCGUUCAACUUCUCGAAUCACCUGUCUUUACUUAUCUGCGCAUCCAACUCCUUGAGCCGGAGAAAUAUCCCCAUUUGUACAAAUGUCUUUAUGGCUUGCUUAUGUUGCUUCCUCAAUCAUCUGCGUUUGCUGCGUUAAAAAAUCGUUUGAACAGUGUUAGCGCUAUUGGCUAUCUGCACAUUGCCCCCCGCACGUAUGUCCCCUCCUCCAAUUUUAACCAUUUGAGACAGAAGAGCUCAGACACUGGAACUACUAGCAGUCAGCCAGGCCCAGCGGGUCCUAGCUUCGAAAGGCCGAAUCGGCUGAAGGCCAGAGAAGAGGGCGGUGUCAAGUGGGUCGAGCUGCUCGAUAAGUUCAAAACCACGCAGGAGAAAGCGAGGCGGUCGCAGCGUCUGGCCGCUCUGGGCGAGGAAGCGACAGGAUCGCCAGUGCAAGAGAAGGAGAAGCCACAUCCCGAAGGGCCACCCAAACCGUUAGGUGGACGUCCAAAUUCGGCCGCGAGUACCAAUCGCCCAUUGCCUAUGCCGGCUCCGCAAGUGCCACAGGCUGCAGGACACAAAUCGAGGACCAGUCUGAGCAAUCUCGGUCGUUUUGCUGGCGGUGUUGCCGGACGUAAGAAGAAAUGA